UGAUGACGGAUCUUCCUGUCUCUGUUUCCGGUCUGAGAUUCAGAGUUUACUUCAGAGUCGUUUUGACUUCAGGAGGUAAAAGUUUAUAUAUGUAAUGUAAACUAUACAACACAUAUAUAUAUAUAUAUAAUAUAAAGUGUUUUAAACUGAGACAGGAUGAACGCGCUGCUGCUGCUGAACAGAGUCCGAGCCCGGGGUCUGCAUGUGUGUGUCCCCUCGUUGACCUUUGACCUCAGGAAGGUGGAGCUGCUUCCUCUCGAUCAGAGGAAGUUAACCUUCGACUCUCAGAGCGUCUGCAGGGAGCUGCAGGCCAGCGGUUUUGAGAAGCGCCAGGCGGAGCUGAUCGUCUCAGCGCUCGUCUCUCUGACGGCCGCCAACAUGGACAUCGUUUACAGAGACAUGGUGACCAAAUCCCACCAGGAGAUCGCCCUGCAGCAGAUGCUGUCUCACCUGGACUCCAUCAGGAAGGACAUGGUGAUCCUGGAGAAGAGCGACUUCGCCAACCUCCGACAAGAAAACACCAAAAUGAAGCGCGAGUUGGAGCAGAUUCAAAGCCGACUGAAGGAGGAGAGUGAGAAGGUCCGAGCGGAGACGAAGCUGGACAUCAACCUGCAGAACAGCCGGAUGAAGGACGUGUUCAGUGAGCAGGAGAAGAAGCUGAUGGAGGCGAGCACCGAGUUCCACCACAAGAAAGCCGACCUGGAGCACGACAACAUGGAGAUCAACAGGAAGAUCGACCUGCAGGUGGCAUCGCUGAAGACCGUCCUCGAGUCGCUCAAACUGGAGACCGUCCGCUACCUCGCAGCGACUGUGUUUUCCUGCCUGGCGAUCGCUCUGGGAGUUUACCGGCUGUGGAGGUGAAGAAGAAGAGUUCAAUUAUUUUAUACAAAACAACAAAUAUUAAAUAAAAACGUAAAGAAAUAAAUUACAAUUAAGUAAAGAAUACAGAGAUAUUAAAAGUCAAAUGAGAAAAAGAACAGAUGCUUUUAUGUGGCUUUAGAGCUCAAUAUUUAAUCGACUGUUCAUUAUGUUUUCUUCCCAGAUGAAGAUUCACUUCUGUUUACUGAAAAUACUAUUUGAUUUAUUAUCAUUGAAUAAACAGCUGUUUGUUUCUGUGUUCAUGUUUGUGAUGUUUAUUAAACACUAAUAAAGAUUUGAGCUCAAAUGAAAAA